AUGUCCGACACGGCUCUCCCCGAACCGACGACUCUGCCUGCGCACUCCGAUGCGCCUCCCUCCAGCGCCGGUCGCGAGUCUGCGCCGGGCGACCACCAACCGCAAGCGGCCGUCUCCGAUGAACUGAAAGCUCGCCUCGACAAAGUCGUGUAUUCGGAGAUCGGUAUCGCCACUCUCCUGGCCCGUCUGAAGCAAAGCGUGGCUUCCGCCCGGGACUUUUCGAGUUUCCUGAAGAAGCGAAGCUCCCUGGAGGAAGAACAUGCUCAGGGGCUGCGCAAACUGUCCCGCGCUGUCAACGAUGCCGCCCAGCGUACCGAGAACCGCCAGGGGACCUACAGCGCCAGUUACAAAGAUAUCCACCGUCUUCAAGAACGCAUGGCCGAUCACGGACUUCAAUUCUCUGUGUCGCUCCAGCAGAUGGCCGACGACCUGCAAGAACUUUCCGGUAACAUCGAGCGAGGUCGCAAGCAGUGGAAACAGACCGGAUUGGCCGCGGAAAAGAAGGUCGCCGAUGCUGAAUCCCAGGCCGAGAAGGCCAAGGCCAAAUACGACUCAUUGGCUGAGCAGUAUGACCGAGUCCGCACUGGGGAUAAGACAGGUGGCAAGUUUGGCCUGAAGGGACACAAGUCGGCUGCGCAGCAUGAGGAGGAUCUUUUGCGCAAGGUGCAGAAUGCCGAUAGUGAUUACCAGUCCAAGGUGCAGACGGCGCAGAUGGCACGCCAGGAAUUGGUGGCCACCCACCGACCUCAGGCUGUGUAUAACCUCCAGCAGCUCAUUUCGGAGUGCGAUUCGGGAUUGACCUUGCAGCAGCAGAAGUUUGCCACCUUUAGCGAGAAGCUCCUGCUCGGCCAGGGUCUCUGCAUCAGCCCGAUGAAGACCGAUGGCUCUGAAUCACUUGCGCCCAAGAGUCUGGCGGAAGUUGUCCGCCAAGUGGAUAACCAGAAGGAUCUCCAUGAAUACAUCUUGAGCCACGAAGGAAACCCAGGCGCAGUGGCUGGCGAAGAAGUCCAAUAUCAACGCCACCCGGUAAGUCCACGCCGGUACCUGCGCAGGUUUCGAGAUAGCAUUACUGACACAUUGAAGACGCUCGGCGGCGGACCUUCCUCACAAAACAACACUGCGAACAAGCGCCAGUCGGCUCUGCCUCAAACUUUCUCCACAGCGAAUAUUUCUCCCGCAAGCCAACCACAGAGCAGCACCGAUCGUUUCCAGACUCAGCCGCCUUCAUAUCCAAGUCAGCCAGAGACUGCCUCAGCACCGCCAGGAGGCCAACCGCCAUAUACAGGCCCUGGAGCACCACCUCAGGAGCCCGCAUCACUGGUUCAGGCUCCAAUGGCUGGCCCCCCUCCUAUGGAGAAGGGAUUCCAGUCUAAUCUGCCUCCCCUCAAGCCGGUAUUCGGAGUCUCGCUCGAGGACCUUUAUGUCCGGGAUGGAACGGCCGUGCCGUUCAUUGUAUAUCAAUGUUUCCAGGCCGUUGAACUAUUCGGUCUGGAUAUGGAGGGCAUCUACCGACUUUCCGGCAGUGCCAACCAUAUCAACCAUAUGAAGGCUGUCUUCGAUAAUGACUCGUCACAAGUUGACUUCACGAACCCAGAAAACUUCUACCAUGAUGUCAACAGUGUCGCUGGGCUUGCGAAGCAGUUCUUCCGAGACCUUCCCGACCCAUUGUUCACAUCACAGUAUUAUAACCAGUUUGUCGAUGCUGCCCGCAUCGAUGACGAUAUUCAGCGUCGUGACUCGCUGCACGCCCUAAUCAACAGUCUCCCCGAUGCGCACUACGCCACCCUCCGGGCCAUUAUUCUGCACCUGAACAAGGUCCAAGAACACUACACCCAGAACCGCAUGAACGCAGGCAACCUGGCCAUUUGCUUCGGACCGACCCUCAUGGGCGCAAAUUCCGGCGGCAACAUCGCUGACGCGGGCUGGCAAGUUCGUGUCAUCGAAACGAUAUUGAACAAUACCUUCCAAAUCUUCGACGAUGACUGA